AUGGCUUCAUUAAUUAAAACAAUUGGAUUUAACCAAUCAAGAAAAAGCAUUUCAAACUUUUUGCUUCGUGCCUACUCAUCAAACACAGAGGUACCUCAGUUUGAGACCCUAGCUGUGUCUGUACCCAAAAAAAAUGUUUUCCAUGUGGAGCUAAAUAGACCUAAAAAGGCAAAUACAUUCAGUAAAGCCAUGUGGUCGGAACUAAACCAGUGUUUCUCAUCUCUGAGUAAUAAUCCAGAAUGCAGAGUGAUAGUUUUAUCUGGUCAAGGAAAGAAUUUUACUGGAGGCAUAGAAUUAAACAGUUUAGUGGAAAUGGCGGCUGCAGCUGAAGAACUUUCGGAUACAGCGAGGAAAGCACGCUUUCACUACCACUUUAUCAAAUAUGCACAGGAUGGCAUAACAGCGCUAGAAGACUGCGUAAAGCCAGUACUGACUGUGAUACACAGCGCAUGCGUGGGCGCUGGUGUUGAUCUCGUCACAGCUGCAGAUAUUAGAUACUGUACAGAAGAUUCAUGGUUCCAAGUGAAGGAGGUUGAUGUUGGACUAGCAGCUGAUGUUGGCACAUUGCAACGGUUACCAAAAGUGAUUGGCAAUGACUCCAUAGCCCGCGAGUUAUGCUUAACCGGUAGAAAAUUCGAUGCCAAGGAAGCUAAAGAAAUCGGACUGGUUAGCAAAGUAUUUCCCGACAAAGAUAGUGCUUUGAACCACGUUAUGGAAUUAGCAGUGAACAUAGCAGCCAAGAGUCCCGUUGCUGUCCAGACCACCAAGAUGAGCAUGGUGUACUCGCAGAGCAGACCUAACCCAGACGGACUCGAACACGUACGCUUGUUGAACGCUGUGAUGAACCAAGGAGAAGAUCUACCGAAAGCAGCCAUGGCACAAGCUACCAAGAGCCCCCCACCGGAGUUUGACAACUUAUAA